CUGAGCUUCCACACAAACAAUUUUCAGUAUAUCAAAGCUCUUUCAAAAAAAUGAGAACAUUCCUUCUUUUUUGUUUUUGCAAUAAUGCUUUCCUCCUUUGCAUGGUGAUGACUAUAAAUCAUCAAGUUUUUCAAAAUAUGGUGGGUGUCAAUGCUGCUACUUUGGCCGGAAAUGAAACAGAUAAGCUUGCGUUGCUUGCCAUCAAAGCUAUGAUAAUUCAAGAUCCUCUCAAUAUCACUAGCUCUUGGAAUGAAUCUCUCCAUUUUUGCCAGUGGCAAGGUGUUUCUUGCAGUCCAAGGCGCCAAAGAGUUACUCAAUUGAACAUGAGCUCUCAGAAGUUGGCAGGUUAUAUAUCUACUUCAAUUGGGAAUCUUAGUUUUGUUCGAAUCAUCGAUCUUUCCACCAACAGCUUCCAAGGAGAAAUACCAAAUGAAAUCAGUCAUUUGUUCAGGUUGAAAGCUUUGGUUUUGGCAAACAACUCGCUAAGAGGACAAAUACCAAGUAAUAUUUCAAACUGUCGAAAUUUGAGAAUCUUCCACGUGAGUCGCAACAAAUUGAUUGGGAAAAUUCCUUUUGGACUCGGCUACUUAUCGAAGUUGGUGGAACUAAACCUCUAUGGUAACAAAGUGGAGGGUAAUAUCCCUUAUUCACUAGGGAACAUUUCAUCUCUUGAAGUUCUUCAAUUGAGAUACAAUUAUCUGGAAGGACAUAUUCCUGCAUCACUAGGCCAGUUGAAGAACUUGAUUACUCUUAGCAUUGCUGAAAAUACGUUAUCAGGUCAGAUCCCACAGUCCAUAUACAACCUUUCAUAUCUUGAAAGAUUUGCUUUAACUUUGAAUGAAUUUCAUGGAAGACUUCCUCUUAACAUAGGCCUAACUCUUCCUAACAUUCAAGUAUUUUUGGUAGCGCUAAACAACUUUAGUGGUCCAAUUCCUAUUUCAUUUUCAAAUGCUUCAAAUCUUAAUAUAUUAGAUCUCUCCGCCAACAAAUUUUCUGGAGGAGUUCCCGAUAUUUUCAAAAAUCUCAAGAAAUUUACAUGGCUAAAUAUUUUCAAUAAUUAUCUUCUUGGAAGAGGGGAAGCUAAUGACCUGAACUUCAUAGAUUCAUUGACCAAUUGUAGCAUACUUAGAAAGGUCUAUCUAGAUGGAUGUAAUUUUGGAGGGGAGUUGCCCAAUUCAAUGGUCAAUCUCUCACUUCAGCUUCAAUAUUUUUCAGUAGAAUCAAACAAAUUAUCAGGAAGCAUUCCCCAUGACAUUGGAAAUCUCAUAAACUUAGAGGCAUUAAAUUUGCAUCGCAAUCAGUUUGUAGGAACUAUUCCAACGACCAUUGGAAAACUUUACAAGUUACAAGAAGCAGGUUUUGGAAGCAAUGAAUUAUCAGGGCAAAUCCCUUCCACAUUUGGGAAUCUAACAUUGUUGAACAGCCUUUGGUUAGAGGAAAACAAUUUUCAAGGAAGUAUUCCUUCAAGUCUUGGAAACUGUCAGAACUUGGAGUUGCUACACUUGUAUGGUAAUUUCCUAAAUGGUACCAUUCCACGAGAAGUCAUUGGACUGAAAUAUUUAUCAUUAUCGCUGAACCUCUCUAGAAACAAUCUCUCUGGUUCACUACCUUCGGAAGUUGGUAACAUGAAAUUCCUUGUUGAGUUGGAUCUUUCUCAGAAUCAGUUGUCCGGCAACAUUCCUAACAGCCUGGGGGAUUGCAUUAAUUUGGUACAGCUCUAUAUCGAUCAUAAUUCGUUUGAAGGAGAGAUUCCAAAAUCUUUGAGUUUUUUGAAAGUUAUCGAAGAUAUGGAUCUUUCACACAACAACUUGUUUGGACAUAUUCCCAAAGACUUUGCAAAUUUAAGUUUUUUGUGGAAGUUAGAUUUGUCCUUUAAUGAUCUUGAUGGUGAAGUACCAGUAACUGGUGUGUUCAGCAAUAUCAGUGCAAUUUCGAUUGCUGGUAAUGAGAAGCUUUGUGGGGGUGUUCCAGAGUUACAACUAAAAGCGUGCCCUGAAAAAGAGCCAAGGAAAGCCAAUCUAUCUCUUGAAAAGAAGCUAAUAAUUUCCCUAGUUUGUGGCCUUUUAGGAGUAAGUUUGAUAUUAGCUUUUUUUAUUAUUUACUGGCAUAAGAAGAAUAAAUUCCAAAAUGCAGAAUCUUUGAGGAUGGAGCCACUCAUGAAUAUUUCGUACGGAGAACUUCUGAAAGCAACGAAUGGCUUCUCUAGUGCUAAUCUGAUUGGUGUUGGUAGCUUUGGCUCGGUAUAUAAAGGAAAUCUUGAAUCAAAUCAAGCUUCCGUGGCAGUGAAGGUAUUCAAUCUCGAAAGGAGGGGUGCUUCCAAGAGUUUCAUGGCUGAAUGCGAAACGCUAAGAAAUACCAGACAUCGAAACCUUGUUAAGAUCGUGACUGCUUGCUCAAGUGUUGAUUACCAAGGUAACAAUUUUAUGGCCCUUGUCUAUGAAUUCAUGCCAAAUGGAAGUUUGGAAAAUUGGUUGCAUCUAAAAAGUGGCAGCGAAAGCAGGGGAAGAUUAACUCUGUUACAAAAAUUAAAUAUAGUCAUUGAUGUGGCAUCUGCUUUGGAUUAUCUUCACAACCAAAUUGACAUGCCUAUCAUACAUUGUGACCUAAAACCGAGCAACAUUCUUCUUGACCAAGAUAUGGCUGCUCUCAUUGGUGAUUUCGGCUUGUCAAAGAUUAUCGUAGAAGAGGAUAAUAUUGAAGCAUCCAACAACUCAACAAGCACUAUUGGAAUAAAGGGGACUAUUGGAUAUGCUGCUCCUGAAUAUGGCAUGGGAAGUGAAGUUUCAAGCAGAGGAGAUAUGUACAGCUUUGGUAUCCUCUUGUUAGAGAUCUUCACGGGAAAGAGACCAACCGAUGACAGUUUUAUAGACGGAAUGAAUCUGAAUCUGUUUGUCGAAAUGGCAUUGCCAGAGCGUGUGAUGGAGAUUGUAGAUCAUGAUAUUCUGUUGGAGGUAGAGGAAGAGACAGAAGCAUCAAGUAGCAGCCACCACAACGAACCAGUGCAAAAAAGAAGAGAAAAGCUAAUCGAGUGCUUGAUUUCUAUACUUACGAUUGGUGUCAAGUGCUCAGAGGAAUUGCCAAGCAAUAGAAUUCAAAUACAUGAGGCUUGUAAGCAGCUUCUUAAAUUCAAAGGAACAAUGUUGAGUUUGGAAAUUCUGAGUAGCAAUAAAAAAUAAAGAUUUUUCUAAGCAGCAUGGAAUUUCUUCAAGAACAAGAAUCAUAAAGGUUACACUUUGGUUUUUCUCUGUAAGAGCUUUCGUCUCUAUUUUUCUCUCUGUAUAAGGAUUUGAAUUGUGUUGAUGGACUUGAAAGGCUUUACUGGCAAUGUAUUGUAAUAUUUACUUUUUCACUUUUGUAUUUGUUACUUAAAAUAAAUGCUUAUGCUUAUUCAGGCUCAA